AUGGGCAACCACGCCGCCGGCAUCCUCACACUGGGCAAGAGGAAGAGCGUCCCCCUGGCCUUCCAGAGCCGGCUCUACCGCCUGCUCCACGGCUCCGGCAACCACGCUGCGGGCAUCCUCACCAUGGGCAAGCGCGGGCAGCACUCGGGCACCAUCUGCCAGGAAGCCUUGGGCUGCCCUGCGGGCACGGUCGCCCAGCCGACAGCGGUGCCGCGAGGUGCUGCCACCAGCCCUGACGGCCCCAGGGAGUGCCAGGGACACUCAGGGAAGGACCCGAGCACGAGCCAGGCCCAGGGAGCUGCAAGGAGCUUUUACUGAAUGGGAUGGGGGCAGCGGGACACGGAGAGGAUCCCUGGCAGGAUGGACUCCGGGCACACGCAGCCGGAGCUCGGUGUAAAUAGCACUUUUAGAUACCUCCUCCCAGCCCUGGCCCUGGCCCAGCCUGCUCAGGGCACCGCGGGCACCGCGGCCUUUUACAAUAAAUGGUAGCCUGAUGUCA